AAUGCUGGCAAAUGGGACUAGCGUCGUUAGUUGGACCAACGGGUCUGUUUCCGUCCUGGAUAACUCUAUGACCCUAAGUAUUAUGCACGUGUAAAUAAAGAGUGAUGAGAUACGCGAUUCUGUAUUUAUAUCUUACGCUAUCUCUAUGUCAGUGUCGCUGUGAGGAUGUCUGCGUAUCUUACUGUCCCUACGUUAUUGUUUCUGGGUCUAUCUUUGUUUCUGUCAGUGUCUCCAUAGCAAUAUCAGUGUUAGUGUCCGUGCCAGUAUCCUUCUGUAGUAUCUGUAACGUGCAGGUACGUGCAGAAAGGUGAGAGUUAGUUUUUUUCAGCGUCUCUGUGCCAGUGCCUGUGUGUUAUCAUCCUGUGCCACUCACAACAGUUGCUGGUCUCCCUCCUCCAUUGGUUGGGCUCAGGCUGCGAAUUACGGUUGGAGAAAGUGAGGAACAUGACGCAUCCGCCGUAUUGUAACCUGCCCAUGGGUCAUCUCGGCAACAGCGGGCUCCUGCGUACCCAGGCUUAGCCUGGGCUCUGCAACCUGCUGCCGGCCAACAUUGAGCCGCAGCCUCUGGCUUUCCUAGACGUUUUCUGUUUUUUUUUGUUGUUGUUCCCCCCCCACCCCACCAACCCCGAAGAAAAAACCGCUGCAGCAAUCAGCAGCUCGCAGGCCCGGCGAUUCGAUCUAGAGGGCGGUGCAGAACAGCAGAAGGUGGCAGCGUUAUUCUUAGCACUUCGAGCUCUCCCCAUACACGCACGCAGACACAGGGCUGGCAGGAAGUGUGUGCCGGAACACAACUACAACUUGUUGGCUUUCACCUACUUUUGGGAAAGAAGGAGCGUUAUCUGAGGCAAGGACAUGGGAGAAAUGGUCGAGAGGUAACUCCUCAUGUUGACUGUCCCAAUAAUGUUUCGCUAGGUGGAGAGUGAGGAGCCGUCCUCCUUCAGUCACCAUGCUGCCCGGCGUCGGUGUGUUUGGCACCAGUUUGACAACCAGGGUCAUCAUCCCUCUGCUCCAGAGCCAAGGCUUCCCGGUGAAAGCUCUGUGGGGGAGGACGCCAGAAGAAGCAGAGGAACUGGCGAAGGAGAUGGACGUUCCUUUCUACACCAACAGGAUCGACGAUGUCUUGCUGCACCAGGAUGUGGAUCUGGUCUGCAUUAACCUGCCGCCUCCGCUGACUCGCCAGAUCGCUGUCAAGACGUUGGGAAUUGGGAAGAAUGUCAUCUGUGACAGAGCUGCGACUCCUCUGGAUGCAUUUAGAAUGAUGUCAGCAGCACAUUAUUAUCCCAAACUCAUGAGUAUAAUGGGUAACGUUCUCCGCUUCCUCCCUGCAUUUGUUAAGAUGAAACAAAUGAUUCAAGAGGGCUAUGUCGGAGAUCUAUUGAUCUGUGAAGUUCAGGUUCACAGUGGAAGUCUUCUGGGUAAGAAAUACAACUGGAGCUGUGAUGAUCUGAUGGGGGGUGGAGGACUACAUUCAGUGGGAAGCUACAUUAUUGACCUUUUGACUUUUCUGACCAGCCAAAAAGCUGCCAAAGUCCAUGGCUUCUUGAAAACGUUUGUGAAGCAGACAGAGCAUAUCAGAGGUAUUCGUCAAAUCACUAGUGAUGACUUUUGCACCUUCCAAAUGGUUUUAGAAGGUGGUGUGUGCUGCACUGUAACUUUGAAUUUCAAUGUCCCUGGGGAUUUUAAACAAGAAAUCAUCGUGGUGGGGUCCACUGGCCGAUUAAUGGUUAAUGGCAGCGACUUGUAUGGACAAAGAAAUAGUGUGUCUCAAAAGGAAUUGAUUUUAGAAGACUCAACUCCUGUAAGUAAUGCACUACUCCCAGAAAAAGCUUUUAGGGAUAUCCCAUCCCCAUUCCUCAGAGGUACUGUCAUGAUGGUUCAAGCUAUUCGACAGGCAUUCCAGAACCAAGAAGAUCGAAGGACCUGGGAUGGAAGACCUUUAACAAUGGCAGCAACAUUUGAAGAUUGUUUGUACGCGCUGUGUGUGGUGGACACCAUUAAAAAAUCAAAUGAGACCGGCGAAUGGCAAAACAUUGUGAUUAUGACAGAAGAACCUGAAAUUAGUCCUGCAUAUUUGAUCAGUGAGGCCAUGCGUCGCAGCAGAAUGUCAUUAUUAUACUAACUUUUUUUUAACAAUACUUGUAACAAGUUCACCAGUAGUAGGUAGAAGGAACUUAUAUAUUUGGAUGCACAGAUAUGUUAAUGUUAUAUUUUCUGUGACUUCCUGGUUUAAAUAUAUAUUGACAUAACUGCAGGAUUUACUUGCAAGUAAGAUUAAAAUUAUACAAAAUAAGACUAAAAUUAUGUGUCUGGUAAGAAAAAUGCCAUUAAAGCAAAAAAAUGUUUGAUAGCUACUGAGGAGUAUACCUGUUGGUGGUCAUUGUUAUGCUUUUGAAAAGGCAAUGGCUUUCACUACCAUGUGACAUGUUAACUUCCUUGUAAUUCAAGCAACUUGUUUUGGAGAUCACUUUGUUUGGAAAUAUUGCAAUUUCGCCCACCAGGCACAGAAUUUUAAAGAAAUAUAGCAGAUAUUUAGAGCUCUGAUAGUUUUAGUUGACAGAAAAUCAAGUCAGCCACUGUCAUAUGUAUGAACUUCUAUUCAUUAUUUUCUUCUGUAAAUGCCCUAAAUAAUCAAAUUUACCACUGAAAAAUAGAACUUGUUAAAAUCUUAAUAUUUUGCAUCGGUCAACUCUGAGUGACUAAAUAGUUCACAAUGUAAUGCUUUUACAAUAAUAAUUGUUUUCAUAGUAGAGUGAUGAAAAGAUUCCUUUAACAGGGAACACGUAGAUUCCUGGUGUCUGGCUGAGGAACAUUAUUGGUCAGCAGUUGCAAGUAAGUUUCCAAAUUACAAUACGAAAAGGAGCUUAGUAACAGGAAAGUCAAAGAACGUGAGGGUAAAUUGAAAAGUUAAAAAAUGAAAACUGCAUUUUGAAAAAGUAAUUUGUUCUAUGGUCCUGUGUAGUAGGGUGUUGAUUUCACUAAACUAGUAAUCCAAAGUCCUGGACUAAUAAUUCAAUGAAUGUUAUCUCAAAUCCCACUAAGGCAGCUUGAGAAUUCAGUUUAAAACAAAAUCAAGUAAUGUUUUAAAAAAAGCAAUCCAAAACUGACUGUCUGAUUGUCAAAAAUUCACCUGGUUCACGGCUAUUAUAUACAGAAAGAAUUCCAUUAGACAGGUGAUUCUGUUUCCACAUCAAUAUGAUUAACGCUUAAAUGGCCUCUAAAGUAACCUAGAAUGGAAUUCAUUUGGGCUGCCAGAGGUUUAAGAAGAAAUUUCGGCGCUUUCUCAGGGCAAACAAGGGCCGAUAUAAAAGCCAACCUUAUUGACAUCUCAACAAUAAAUAAAAGGAACAUGAAUGCUGGUGCUGUUUUCCUUAUCAUAUGCUGCUUACUUUCUUAAACUACAACACAAAUAUUAAAUCAUAAGGAAGCAAGUGUCACUGGUGUAUAAUCUGUGCCAUAGAUUGGCCAAAAUAUGAAUGUUCCAUCCUUCAUUGAUUGACAUUGCAUCUAAGCUUCCCCAAGUGACAAAUUGUCAGUCUCAAUUGGGCAAUUAAACAAACCAAUGAGCAUCCAAAAUGUUCUGUGUCAAAAAGAAUGAGCAAGCAUGGGUUUCACUCAGGUCAGUACUCAUUUCUUCUUGUACAUGCAGUGAUUAAUGUUUUUGUUUUUUUGUGUUAGGCUUUCGUGGGAUGCCAGUUCAUUGCCUAUGCCUCAGUGAUUUUGAGCAGGUGAUGCUGAGUAAGUUCUGCAAACAGGAACAGAGAAGUAUCAGCAGUCCAUUCAGCCCUUGAACUAUUCAGCUAGGUUAUGGAUGAUCUUCUACCUCAAUACAAUUUUCUCACACAACCUCCAUAUACAUUCAUGUCUUUAAUGUUUGAAAUCUUAUUGAUCUCUGUCAUGAACAUACUCAAUCACUGAGCCUUCAUAACCUUUUGGGGUAGAGAAUUCCAAAGAUUCACCCCCUUGGUGAGAAAUUUCAUGCCUCAGCAUGACUAAAUGACCUAGUCCUUAUUCUGAGACUAACUUGUUGAUUCUAGACUCUCUAUCUAGGGGAAACAUCUUUGCAUAUCUACCCUGCUGACCACUCUAAGAGUUUCAAUGAGAUUACCUCUCAUUCUUUUACAUUCGUUUACACUUGAGGGGCGGCGCGGUGGCUCAGUGGUUAGCACUGCUGCCUCAUAGUGCCAGGAACCCGGGUUCAAUUCCAGCCUCAGAUGACUGUCUGUGUGGAGUUUACACAUUCUCCCCGUGUCUGCGUGGGUUUCCUCUGGGUGCUCCGGUUUCCUCCCACAGUCCAAAGAUGUGCAGGCUAGGUCGAUUGGCCAUGCUAAAUUGCCCGUAGUGUUCAGGGGUGUGUAGAUUAGGUGGGUUAUAGGGGGAUGGGUCUGGGUGGGAUACUCUGUGGGUCAAUGUGGACUUGUUGGGCUGGAGGGCCUGUUUCCACACUGUAGAAAUUCUAUGAUUCUAUGACUCUAGAGAAUAUAGGACUACUUUCAUCAAUUUCUUCUCCCAGGGAUGAGUCUGAUGAGUCUUUAUGGUACUCCCUCUAUGAGAACUGUAUACUUGCUUCAGGAAGGAGACCAAACUGUACACAAUCUAGAUGUUAGUUUUCAUGAAGAACACCCAUAUUCUUUUGUACAUUAACACUUCUCAAUCUCUCACCAGAUAUUCUGCAUUUUUUUCCUAGCAGCUUGACUUUUCUCCACAUAUAUUCUAUCUGACAUGUUCUUGCCAACUCACUUAGCCUGUCUACAUCCCCUUAAGCUUCUUUGCGCCAAACUUGCGACUCCAGUUCCUCCCUAGUUUUGUGUCACUGGGAAACUUAGAAGUAUUACAUCUUACUCACAAGUCGCUUGAUUAAAUCCUUUGCCAAAGCACAGCAUAUAUCAAAAGAAGACAAUUAUUCUCAAAGUUGAAAUCUAUAAAUAAGUUAAAAUUGUGGGAUUGAAGAAAGCAGGACUUCUAACACCCAAUCCCUGUAAUUAUGGUCAGUGAGAACUUUAGUGCUAUCAUAUGAAGAACUCAAAGUAGUUAUAACAGUUUUCAUGACAGAAUAUGUUUCCUUACUUUCAAAGAAGUUUUAAAAUCUGAAGUUUUGGAAAUUUAAAGAAAAUAAUACUUACAACACAAACAGUACAAUUUUAACGUUUCCGGUCCGGUGACCCUUCCUCAGAACUCAGUUCUGAAGAAGGGUCACCAGACGCGAAACGUUAACUCUGUUUUCUCCUCCACAGAUGCUGCCAGACCUGCUGAGCUUUUCCAGCAACUUUGUUUUUGUUCCUGAUUUACAGCAUCCGCAGUUCUUUUGGUUCUUAACAGUACAAUUUAAUUUGAGUUUACAAGAUUGAACUGCUAUUACACUUGAAUAGGUUCAAUGUGUCCCCUCCCUUCAUGCCACAUUGUGAAUGUGAAUUGUGGUGGUGUUCCACCAAGAUACUGUGAAGAAACUACCUUUUUUCAACCAACAUACCCACGCCUCUCCAGCUCUCCUUCACUCUCUGGCACAGAGAAGAUGUUACUGGCAAUCAUGAGUUAUAAUGUGCUAAGGACGACAUUUAGUCUGUGGUGUUAGACUGAUUCUCUUAGCAUUUUAAAUUAGUGUCAAUCUCUUACCUUUUUCCUGUAAUUCAGAUCAUUGAUUCUGUUUAAAUAAUUAUCCAAUAUCCUCUUAAAUGACGUAAUUGAAUCUGCCUUCACCACACUUCUAGGUAGACCGGUCAUGCUAAAUUGCCUGUUGUGUUCGGGGAUGUGCAGACUAGGUGGAUUAGCCAUAGUAGAUUUGGGUUUACAGGGUUAGUGUAGGGGCUGGGUUUAGGUGGAAUGCUGUUUGGAGGGUUGGUACAGACUAGAUGAGACAAACAGCCUCUUUCCACAAUGUAAGGAUUCUAUGACUGUAUGGGGAAACAUCAGUGAAUAGAUGCCAGGAAACUUUAGGCAGAGUGACAUUAAAUAUUCCUCUGAAUAUGAGUCCAAACACAGCAUAACACCUCAGGGCAAUUGAAAUAUAUAUGUAUAUUUUGAAAUGCUUUCAACACUUAAUAAGAUCUCUGAAACAUUGCUUAUACAAACUAUAAGGCCUAAAAUACAGCAAAUGGACACUGUUAAGUUGUGAUGCUUACUUCAACUAAAUGUAACUAAAUGUUCUAAUGUGAAACUAUUUCUCUACAUUCCAAAAAUUGUUUGAUGAACAUUUUAUCCAUUAGUUGAAGUUAUAUCAUAUUUAAAAAUCACAAGUAUGGAUUUUUGGAUGUUGAUACUGUCAUUUGGGAAUUCAGUUUUAUCUUUUUCAGCAGUUGUGGUGGAAAUCACUAGAACAUUUCUACUUCUGCUGGAUGACAAAGCAUACAGCGAUCUCAGUUCUUUCUUGAGGUUUUAAACUUGUGAUAGCACAAAAAUCCACAAAUACUGUCCAUGUUAUUCAAGCCCCGUAGAGAUACUAAUGCUUUUGGAAGUAGACAUACUGAUACUGUUUCCUGCACUCCUACCGUGGAAUUUCUCCAAUCCUGAGUAUAAAUCCAGAUAUCAGCAGAGAAAAUUAUGGGAGGAACCCAAGUUCUUCAUUUUUCCUUCUAUUUGGUGAAGCUCUUUGUUAGGAGUAAAAAUUGCCCUAUCACUCAAAAAGAAAACUUUAAAAAGCUAAAAUCACCUACUUUGGACAUUCUGUAAGCUAAACACACCUACAAUCAAAGGCUAAAAGGUGCAACUAAGUAGGUAAGUGCCUUGUAAAUAUAUCUACAAUUAGAAGCAAUGUAUGACAAAAUCUGAUUCGCAUCUAGCAAUGAUUCUUAAGUAGAGGCCCAACACUGACAUCUUGGAAGGGGCAAUUAGUUUUCUGAAGGAGGAUAUAUCACUGAUUCUGGGAGUUAGUAGAUGUACCAAAAGCUAUCAAAACAUAGAUAAAACAUUUUUUUUGCAAUAUGUGUGUAAAUUUUAGCAUCAAAAUUUUAAGUUAUUCACAAUAGUGCAGCUUUGUAUAACGAACAGUUUAAAUAAAGUUAUAGUCCUUUAUCUGUUGUAGACAAGAAAGGCAAAGAUACAAAUGAUUAGCAAAAAACCUAGAGGAAACAUGAGCAAAAAACGUAUAUACCAUGAGUGGCUAAGACUUGGAAUGCACAGUCUGAUAAAGUGGUGGAUACAGAUUCAGAGGGAGUUGAAUAAAUAAUUAAAGAGAAAAAUAUUGCAAGAUUCCUGAAAAUAAGUAAGGAGCGUUUUGAGUUGGACUGCUCUUUGAUGAGCCAAAUGGCCUUCUGUGCUGUACAUUAACAAAAAAUGCAUGAUAUGCAAUACUUAAAGGUGUUCACUAAUGAAUAAAGAAUACAUCUGUUGGGUGAUGCCACUCCUAUUUAAAUUUGGCUGUCUCUAACUCAACAGUUAGUAUAAAAGGAUACAAAAACAGAUGUUACUGGACAAGUUCAGCAGGUCUGGCAGCAUCUAUGAAGAAAAUAAUCAGAGUUAACGUUUUGGAUGUGGUGACCCUUCCUCAGAACUCUGGACCCGAAAGUUAACUUUGAUUUUUUUCUUCACAGAUGCUGCCAGACCUGCUGAGCUUUCCAGCAACGUCUGUUUUUGUUCCUGAUUUACAGCAUCUGCAGUCCUUUCGGUUUUAUUUAGUAAGAAUAAAUUUGUAAUUUGUACCAAGUUUACAAAUACAAACAAUGAAGUUGGAUUCAAAGAAAUAUGCCCCUCCCCCCCACCAUUUACAUCAUACAUGUAUUAAUCCAAAACAUAUUUCAAGAAUUUAGGCUUGAAUUCACUGAGAUAGCAUUAUAACCCAACUUCCAAUUGAAGCUAAGUCAUUUGUGUCACACACAAAGAUCAAGUUUCCGACAUACAUUGCUCUGUUAUUUUCAAUCUACAAUCACAUAACAAAACAAAAAUUAUUUGUAAAAUAUGUAAUCUAUUAUAAAAACAAUGGCUUAAAUAGAUAGUAAAUAAAUCCAUUUUUAGUUUUCGUUAAACAUCUUUUUGUUGGAAUUGAAUGAGAAAUAGCGGUCACUCAGACUUGUAUCUGCAUUUGUACUGGAAUUUAAAUGUUGCUGAUGACAUGAUGUGAAUUAUUAAUUAUUACUAAAUGUGUCCUUUUAAUGGCUUUUGAAGUUCUAGAUAUAUGUAUAGAGGAGACUUGUCUGUUCUUUGUGUUAUUUAUGGUAAUGUAUUUUUAGCAUGAAUAUCAGCGUAUAUGCAGAAAAAAUAUUUAUCAAGAUAAAAAUUUAAGUUACUAUAAACUAUACAGAAUUUAUAUUUUAUAUAAUAUAGAUAGGACAGACAAAACAGACUUCGUUUGUUAAAAUAUUCUAAUUUAAAAUAUGCACAAAACAUUUGGACUUUUAAGAUCCUGGUACUGUGAAGAGAGUUAAAAUGGCUAUAUUGUUAGGUAAGCUUACUGUAUAUGUUUGUCGGUCCAUUAGAUGUAGUUUGUGUUGUUUAUUUGGAAUAGUAAAUGAAUGUGCUGCUUUUUGUCUGAGCUUUUCUGGUAUGCGUGACUUGUAAUAUGCAAACUGUUCUGUAUGCACUGUCAUAUUCUGUUACUGCUUCUAUGGAUUGUUCAACUAUAGCAGUUUCCUAAUGCUGCAUGCCCUCAUUUGCAAUUAAAGGAAUACCACUCGUUAAAAGAAUUACCAGAAAUUGUAUUAUGUGUUUCUGAAGAUGGUGCAAUACUUGUAUUGAAAUGUAUUUGUACUGUACAUUUUACAAGUUGUUAAUAUCUUUAGGAAAUGAAUUGCCUUAUGGAACACAGACAUGGUUUCAAGUCUGAUAUGUAGCUAUAGACAAAUUGUAGUAAAAUGAACACAGUUUCAUUAAUUGCUUAUUAUUAGUUCAUUAUAAGUAUGUAGCUAAGAUAAUAUCUGUGAUUAAACAGGUUACACAAUAAUAUGUAGAGGUAUACUUUUAAAAAGUAUUCCGAGUAGUGGAAUGUGUAGUAUUCCUUUAUUUGUAAUAAGAGCAUGAAGCAUUACUUGGUCAUAUGUUGUGUGAUCAAAGUUAGAGCAAUAUGUUCUCCUCUGAUAAUAAAGUAAUUAAAAUAAAUUUAU